CAAAUAAGAAAGGUGUUAGGAUGGAAAAGGAGAGCAGGACGCCUACCAGGUAUGGAUCAUUGGAGUCAACCAAGUGGACAGCUGCAGACCCAGCCAAAGAAGAAAUUGUUUCCAUGGCUGAUUCGACUACAACUGUGGGUGACAUAGAAGGGGAGCUCUUUAAAAUCGAGAGGAUCAGAGAGGUCCUGGUGAGAAGAGAGUCAGAACUGAGAUACAUGAUGGAUGACAUUCAGCUUUGCAAAGAAAUCAGUCGGCUGAAAAAGGAGCUCCAGAAACUCAUUGCACUCCCAGAGAAAGAGAAGUCCAACGAGGAGAAGCAGAGGGAGGAGGAGCUGGUGCAGCAGAUACACAAGCUGGUUGAAACCCGGGAUUUCCUGGUGGACGAUGUGGAAUUUGAAAGACUGAGAGAAAAAGAAGAAGACAAGGAAAUGGCUGAGUUCCUGCAAACAAAGCUUUCCAAAAGCUGCCUCCAGAAAGCAACCCCUGUCAAAGAGAAGAAGAUGAUGUCCAGAGGGCAGCAAACCUCCACACCGUAUGUGACCAAGACAGGCCUCACCCUGCUCAAGGAAUGCUGUGGUUUCACCUGUUCCAUUAUGUAGACUCUCUCCCAGGCCUCCUCUGCACAGGACAAGAUCAUGGCAGGCCUCCAGGCAGAGUCUGCGGCUCCGGACAGCUUCAACCUCCCUUCAUUGCUCAUGCUUCCCACAGCAGCACAAAGACGGAAGGACAUUUCCAAACGGGCAGGUGCAAGUUUGGACGUUGGCUUGUUUUCUUGAUGCCACUCAAGUGGGAGUCACCUUCAUGACAUUAAAAACAAAUUCCAUCUGAUCUCAGCAUGGACGGGGCUUUUACAGCAGCAGAUCAGGUGCAACUGA